GGAACAAGCGAUCUGGGCAAUCUGUCCGGCUUGAAGCAUUAUGGCGCCCCAACGUCAUGAUUGGCUCUGAGGACGACUCUCAAGAUGAUCUUGUUCCUCUGGAACUCAAGGCAAAGGCGGUUGCCCAUUCAUAUACCGUUCACUGUGGUCAGCUCGGCAGCCAAAGGGUCGUCGCCAAGGUUGUACGGAAGGACAAUCUCGAUGUCCUGGAUGACGAAGUCAGGUGGUAUCGCAAAGUUGAAUAUCUCUGGGGAAAGGGAGUUGCCGAGCCUUCUGGUUUGUACCAAGGCGACGACCUGGCUCUGUUGUUGUUGAAGCAUCAGGGCGAACCACUCCAGACAUGGUGUGGUCAGCACGCGAACGCAUAUCGGCUUCUUACCGAGCUCCAUCGUUGCAACAUGGUUCAUCAUGCGAUCGAGCUGGACCAUUUUUUGCUGGAUGACAGGGGAUCACUCACCAUCAUAGAUUUCAAAGAGGCAACACCGCACAUUUUUGGCCGUUGCAAUAGUAUCUGCACAGAAAAUUUCAAUGCCGAAAGAUGCAGCCAUCCUCAUCCCUUGAAUGAGGGCAAAAACAUGGUCGACUUCAGAUGGAGAUGAAGCGAACUACCCCUCACCGAGGACCGGGGCGGCAGCGCCGAAGCCAGUGCUUAGUCAGCCGUUGGUGACCACCCAAGAGACCUUGUCCUCGACCGUCCCCCUCUCUUCUCUUGGACGCUUAUGCAUUCACUACAAACUAAUGGCAGCACAGACGGCUACUCGACGCCAG